AUGACAGCGAUGUAUGGAAAUGGAUACGUGUAUCAGGAUUGGUCCUGGCACGAUGAGUUUGAGCUCGACGGCUUCGACCCUUUGGACCAUUCACAGGAUCCCCUGGACCCCGCAUCCUCGCCGACGACAUUCACUCCGCCGCGUUGCAUCUCGUGCCGAGUGCACGGCGCCUUCCUGAACUGCGCGCACCUGCCCUCUGCGGACUUCUUGCUCGGAGCAAAGAUACCGGCCCAUCCAGCAGGAAAGCGCAAUGCGUCGUCACCAGAUCAAAAGAUGGAAGCAAGCAGCCAGGUUAGCGCGGUUGCCUCCCAAUACGCGCCGCUCCCCGAUACAUCCAUCGACCCAAACACCGCCUACUACGACCCUGAGGUGGAACUAGGCCAAGGGUUCGACAACUUCCCGUUGCGAGAGAACCCGGUCAACGACGCUCUAUCACGGAUGUACCCGGCACAAGAGGACGAUACAUUCUUAGCCGGAGCGGUGGAUCUGGAACGUGAAGCGGCAAACAUACUGCUCAGAGGCGCCUUCAAACAUGAGGCUACCGGCGUUGGAGAUCGCCCGUCCUGGGAGACACGUGGGGACCACGAGCUUGGGGACAAUCUCCAGCAGAUGAACGGAGCUGCCAUGGAUGGGGAGAUUGCUGCAGAGUCAUCCAUCGUUGACGGCGAGGGUGCCACCGAACAGCGGCAGAACUACACAGCAUAUGCCAGGCUCGUUUUUCCCGACGGAGACUACUAUAUCACCACCCACGAGGUCACCCUUGGCCGAAACUCGCAAACCUGGAAUGACUACAACCGCCAGCGGAGAGCUCAACGCGAACUAGAGUCUUACCGCAAGGAACCCAGUCAACCAUCUCAACCUGGAGACCCGGAUCAGCGUGGCAAUGGUGCAAGUUCGAGUUCGUUGGAGGGUCGUCCCGCCCCUCCCAGCGCCGCCAGUGAACAUGGUGGCUUGGUGUACUAUUCAAUGGAGCCGGAAAUGGAUUCUGGGAGGAUGGAUCGCGUCAGGAAACGGAUGCUGGUGUCCAAAUCUUCAUCCACGACAUCUGUGGCACCUGCUAGUUUGCACAAUACGGAGGUUCAGAACUCUCUGGAAGACACGGCUUUCGACGAGAACGGUGAACCCCUGACACGUACCUCUGCCUUUGUUCCAGUGCACCCAGCACAGCCAGAGGACAUCAGAAAGAUCUCCAGAGAGCAUCUCACAUUUAGAUUCAACUUCCAGGAGCAGUACUGGGAGUUGCAAAUUCUAGGCAACAACGUUUUCAUCAACAGCGUCCAAUACUUCCGUGGCGACAUCGUUCCCAUCAAUCACAACGACGAGAUACUGCUCGGCAGUUUGAUGAUCUUUUUUAAGCUGCCGGAUAACCCCCGCCGCUCACCUGGGAUGUCGCUUGGUACCUUCGCAAGUGAGGCGGAGGACAACGAGAGUGAAUUGAGUGACGAGGAGAGGGAUGGCAUGGCUAGUCCUGUUCGGAGGCUGUCCAACGCCUUCGACCUUGAGUCUGAGGAGGACGAAGUACCGGAGGAGGAAGCUGCUCCUGUUGUGGCUCGACCGAAACUGAAGCUGAAGGUCAGUAAGCCGUCCAAAGCGGCCGGAAAGUCGAAGAAGAGUGACGGGAAGAGCAAAGGCAAAGAGCAGGUGGCAGAGACUGGCAAGAAGCCUAGCAAGAAGCCGACUCCGGUUGAGACAUCUCCUGAGGCUGCAAAGAAGCCUGAGAAAGGCAAAAAACCAAAGGCCGCCGCGAAGGAGCCCAAGGAGCCGAAAGAACCCAAGGAGUCCGCCCAACCGCCAGAGGCAGAUCGUGUCAAGUCGCCAGAAGAGCCACUGCAAAUCGAGCCUGGAUCAGCGCUUGCUAGUAUCCCUGUUGGCGAGCUGCCUGAGAAGCGCAAAGGUCCUGGCCGACCGCCCAAGAACGGGCUUAUCUCCAAGCGCGACCAGGCACUGGUGGCCAAGAAGCAAAAGGAAUUCGAGAAGCGAGGUGAAGAGGCGCCUCCGUACAAGCAGCUCAUCGACCUCGUCCGUGCCGAGACCAAGAUGAAGGAGAAUGCGCAAAAGAUUGCCAAUGGCACCAUGUCCGCUGACAGCUUGGUAGUUCCUAGCAUUGAAGGAGAGUCCAACUUGCUGCCAAAGCCUACUGCUGGUUCGUCGACGGCGAAACCUGGGGACGCCACUGGGGCGACCGCGAGCGCAUCUGCAGAACCCAUCCGCAGGUCGUCUCCGAAGCCGAAGCGGACUGCUAAGAGCCCGUCACCGGUCAAACCUAGAGAGCACUUUACUGAAGAGCAGCUCAAGAAGCCCGGAAAGACAUAUAUGUACAUUCUCGAUGAUCUGCUGAGUGAACAUCCAGAUGGCCAAGCAGAUCUGCAGGAGAUCUACGACCUGAUCAUGAAGAAGUAUCCAUUCUUCAGGUACCAGGUCGGCACUCACGGCUGGCAGAGCAGCGUCCGGCACAACCUACUGCAGCACGAUAGGUUCAUGGAAGUUGGUAAGUCAGGCAAGGGCAAGUUCUGGGCUAUCAACCCCGAGAUACCUCUGGAGAGGGAGAAGAAGCGAAGGAUGACACCUCCACCUGCGCGAGCGCCGAUGCCGAAUGGUCAGUUCUUGCACCCGCCGCCAGGACAGCCGCCGUACGGCCAUCCAUACGCCCAGAACGGCGCCGGCCCAGCUCAGUUCCAAGGCGGACAGGGCUACUACUCGCCAUACCCACCAGGCCAACCUGGCGCCUACCCACCCCCCGGCCAACAGCAAACCUACCCCCGCCCCAGCCAACAGCGCCACGCCCAAGCCCAAGCCAACCAAAACCCCCAACGCCCGCCGCCUCCACCCCAACCCUUCCAGACCCUCGUCAGCGACAUCCUCGAAUGGCGACAGAAACACCUGGCCCCCUGGACCCGCGACGGCGUCACCGACCCCGCCAAGGCCGAGAUGUUCAAGCGGGUUAUGGACUCGCUGUCCAAUCAGUUCCAUGGCGUGGGGUUGGUGCCGAACGUGCCGCCGGAGGAGAUGACGGAUGCGGAUGAGCGCGAGAUUUGGCUAGGUUUGCGGGAGAUUUUUCGGCAGCAUAAGGAUUUGGGGAAGGGGGAGUUUGGGCCGCAGGGGGGUGCGGCGGGGCAGGUGAUGGGGCAGGGUCAGCAGGGGGGAGGGAGCGUGACGAGUGCGGUGGGGAAUGCGGUGGAGAAUGGGCAGGGGGGUGGUAUGGUGCAGGGUGGGCAAGGUGGGAGUGGUCCGCCGCCGCCACCAGCCCAGGCUAUGGCGCCUCAGUCGAUGCCGGCAGGGCCAUCAUCAGCACCUACACAGGCUAUCCCAACGACGAACGGACAACCGCAGCCCACUGGUCCGCAAGAUGGUAUGGCUAACAGCGGCCAAGGGGCUGCGCCGGCAGUUCAACCACCGGCGCAAUCAUAUCUUCCGCCUCAGACCGCUGGGCAAGCAGGUCCAGGUCAAGGGCAGCUUCAGCCUCCGCCAGCAGCAGGCCAGGCACAAGUCCAGCCUCAAGCACCACCGCGGCCCUCAACCCAAGCCCCACCACAGGCGCAGGCAGGCGCUGCAACAUCACCACCCCAAGGGUCUCUUCAGAUACAGGCACAGACAGCGCCUACAGCACACCAAGCAGCUGGCCUCAAGCGUUCGGCAUCGGGCGAGGGGACAGAAGCAGGAGAGACGGACAGCAAACGAGUAAGGACGGAGUGA